AAAUGGCUUCUAAAGUGAAUAUUGUUAUAACUCAGUUAGCAAUUCUUGUGGUAUCAGCAAACCUUCUAGAAGCGUGUUUCCUCACAACCGAGUAUAGGGUUCUGAUUGAUCUAGAUCUUUCACUCGGCUUCGUUUAUCCGCUGACGAUUCAUUGUUGGUCAGGAAACGAAGAUUUGGGCACACAUAUGAUGUACCUUGCCGAUGGGAUAACAAAGUACGACUGGAGAUUUUGUGAGAAUUUCAUCGGCAAGUCGGUAUACACGUGCGAGUUUUGGUGGAACGGGAAAGAUAAAACGUUUCAAGUUUUCAAUUCGGAUACGUCGGACCACGACUGUGCGGUAGAGAGCACGUGCACUUGGCACGUGAAGAAACAUGGCUUCUAUUUGAACGGGAAUGAUCGUCGUAGCUAUAAAUGGUAGUAAUUAAUUAAGACACACGUGCAUAAUUAUAUGAUGAUAAUAUAUAUAAUAUAUGUAUUUCUUGGAAUAAUUUGAGAUUUUCUGUAUUGUCUUGUACUUUUUUCAUUUCAAUAACUUAUACUCAAAGACGGAUUUUGUACGU